AAGAUCGAGCUCUCAGGAUUCAGGGUUUAUGACUACGACUCGGAUCAUGGAGUCAGCAUGUGAGGAAUGAGGUGCUUGCGACGUCGCAACAAUUGUCUGGGCGUGAAUUGAGAAAUUACGGUCAAUUCGUCAAGAAGCAGAGGUUGGAAGAGAAGAAUUCCGUGUCGAAACAAGAUGGCUGCUGUUGCGCAAAUCUCUCUGUUACGCGGGUCGGCACCUCUCAGCCGCUUGUCUCUGAAGGUGAACAGAGCCUUCAGUUUCUGUGGUUUUCCUCAAACUGCAGGGUUGCACCGAUCGCUUCAACAGGUCGGUUUCGGCGAGAUGCCAUCGUUUUACUCAAACAGUGCCGCUCCGGGAAAUUCAAGUGGUCUUCACACCAGGAAGCAACGUUUUAGUACUAAUGUCGUAACUUCAAGAUUGCAGAUCGAUAUGAAUUUCAGCUGGAGCUAUGUGGGGUGUGCAUCAGGUUCCAUGUUUGGUGGACAAUUAUGCAUAUCUCCUACAUGACGUCAACGCAAGAGUGACUGCGGUAGUAGAUCCAUCAGCGGCAGGGCCUGUUAUCAGAGCUUUAAAUGAGAAGGGACUCUCCUUGGACUUCAUCCUCAACACACACCAUCAUUGGGAUCACACUGGUGGAAAUGUUGAGUUGAAGCGAAAGUACAACGCAAAGGUUGUUGGUCCUCGGGCUGAUGAAGGGCGCAUACCAGAGAUUGAUAUUUCUUUGCGCGAAGGGGAAUGCUGGAAAUUAGGGGAGCAUGUGAUGCAUGUUUUGGACACACCUGGUCAUACUCGAGGACAUGUGACAUUCUACUUUCCCGAUUCUGGAGCCGUCUUCACUGGUGACACUUUGUUCUCGAUGGGAUGUGGUCGUCUAUUUGAGGGAACGCCUGAACAGAUGUGGAAUUCUCUUUCGAAGAUAUGUCAUCUGCCAGAUGAAACUUUGGUCUACUGUGGACACGAGUAUACACUGUCCAACGCAAAAUUUGCAAUGUCGGUGGAACCACAAAAUGAAGCUCUGUCGUCCCGGUAUGAAAAAGUUGCCGAGCUGCGUCGAAAGGGUCUCCCCACGGUUCCAACUUCUCUAGGAGAGGAAAAGAGUUUCAAUCCGUUUUUGAGACCUUUUAGUCAGGAAUUGAGAAAGUCCGUGCAUCUGAAUAGUUCUGCCAGUGAUGUGGAAACAUUUGCAGCCGUGCGUUUGGCAAAGGACAGAUAUCAGUUCUCUGUUCCAGCGCUUGGUCCGGGUGUAUGUAGACAUGGAAUGAAUCGUGGGGCUAGAUUCGAUACAAAGAUGCACGAAAUGAUGGCAGAGAUCAGGAAAGACUGGCGAGCUGUAUGCUUACGCCGGACGUGACUUUUUGCUUUGCUACUCUCAUAGAUUUCAGGUUGUGCUCACAUACUUAGUUGCUUAGUGCCAGUGGUCCGUAGUACACACUCCGGAUUCGCAUAGAGAAAGGAAAUACAGCAGACUUUCAACGAGAUCAAUAGUGGGUUACUGUUGUAGAUUAACUAAGCACAUUUUGCGGAUAUAGAAUUUCAACAAAAUGGAAAGGCGAAAUUUCGUGAUCGUUAAUAGAUCAGAUAAGUAACUUGCUGAAACUGCGAGAUGACUAAAUAUCCAGUCUCAACGCCGCCGACUUGACGACGCGUGGAACAGGUUCACAGGCAAAGCUGUCGAUCGAUACAUGUCGAAGAUACACGGGAAAAGAUACAUUUUGGGUGCAGAUUUUGGGUCCCUUUAUGACUUGAGAAUGUAUAGUUAGUGCAUACUAGAUGUCACACAAUCGAUGUGGAAGACAAAUUUGACUCAAUUUCGUAAAUGUAUUGGCUCACAUGGGGACGG